AGAAAGAAAGAAAAGAGACUUGUCUUUUAAGAUUUAGGAAUUGAAUAAGUAGAAUUCCAAUGACCACAGAUGGCAGAUGGCAUGCUUUGCCAGAUAUUCUCUGUGUGACCUUGGGUAGGUCACUUCACGACACAGGGAAAUUUACGAAUUUCCUUUGUCAAAUCUGAUGAUGAUUCUAAAUGAUUCUCUGAGUCCCUCCUAGCUGUAAGGUUCUGUGAAUGUAAUGAAUAUCAAUUUAAAGAUGUUUGUCAUAAAAACAGUGUAAGCUGCUGUCACCUUAUACCCUCCACACUUACUGCAUCUAAUAGCUUUUGUCCCCUUACUUUCGGCUGACUUGCCCACCUGGGGAUGCCCGUACUGGGGCAGAGGGUAGUGAAGGGGUGGCUUAGAGCUCUUGCUGGGCAUGGAUUACAAGUAGCUCCUGCUCUCAGGUGGGCAGUAAAAGAAAUCAUGAUUGGUUGACUGCAUUUUAGGCUUGAAGAAACCCAAGAACCCUGCCCGCCCCACUCCACCCCUGCACAGCCUUCGUUUUCUGGAGAAGAGAUGACUUUGGCAAGGUCACACAGAGAAGUCAGGACCCAAUCCCAGAGUCCUUUACUGUCCCACACUGCUGCCUCUCCAGCCAGAGGCAUGGAGCCUGACCCUGGCUUUGGGAAGGAAUCCAUCCUCCAUGAGCUGGCUGAGAGCACAGCAGGAAAAAUGUGGGCGCCAUGCACAGUGUGGGACCCGGGCAGGUUAGUCUGGAGAAUCACAGGAGGAGCCUGGGCCUGCCAAGUUGGAUCAUGCCACUAGGGUGUCCGGGCGGCUGGCCCUGAUUCCUGCUCUUGCAGAGUCAGGAAGGAAAAGAGAAAGAUCUGGCCCUGGGGCAGUGUGAGAGGAGGCUCAGGCAGAGGAAGGCUGAGGAAGCCUAGGUCUCCAGGAACUGAUUCCCGCCUGGAAGACAAUCAGCUAGUGUCCAGAGAUGAGGCCCUGGGUCACCUUUGUGCCUGGACCUUAGAGGCAGAGAAUAAUUGUAUGCAAGCGUUAGCCUAGUCUUUUAGCCAAUGCAGACUCCAGUUUCUCCUCAUUUGCUCCCAGUGGCUUUGAAUCCACUGCUCUGGGCUGUGAAGUGGUCUUUCUUUUCAGGUGAUGAAGAAUACUUUGUUUCUACCAAAUGUGUUUUGUUUCCAGUUAAAAAUGGUGCACCCACACAGAGUAAGGAGUCAAAGGGCCCCAGACAACCCAUCAGGGCCUCACCUUCUUCCUGGGCAAUGGUCUGUCACUCAGCAGGCUGUGGCAUUCCACUCCAAACGACUACCGGUUAACCAUUCAUUCCGCAAAAUCUCCACCAAGCAACUGUCAUGUGCCAGGCACCUUUAGAUGCUAGGGAUUCUCUCGUGAACAAAAAGAGACAUGGUCCCUGCUCCCAUGAAGCUUGCAGUCUAGUGAGAGAAGGGCGGAGGAGGGAAGUAUCAUUCAUGCCAGUGCGCAGUCAAUUGCAAACUGUGAUAAAUUACCCAAAGCAAAGUGAACCAGAGGAAGUGCUGGCACGACAUGGAAGGUGAGGCCUUCUAGAUGGCAGGUACAAAGACUGGGGCACAGAGGGAGGGCAGCAGGGGCUGUGGAGAGGAACAGAGGGACCUGCAGAAACCUGUCAUAGGACGCCUUCCUUGGAGGCCAAGGACUGGGGCCUCUUUCCUGAUUACAACAACGGGACAUUGGGUGUGCAUUUUGCAAAGCACUCCCUGGCUGCUGUGUGCCUGCAGAAUGGAUUUCAGUGGGGCAGAAAGGAUGUGGAGAAACCAGUCACUGAGGUCUUGGCAAGAGAUGAUGGUCAUGUAGAAGCCAGGCUCAAGGGACGCAUCUCUGCACCCUUCUUUCUUUCUCUGAUGAAGUGCCUGUGUGAUUUUUAAAAAAAUCGGGGGCUGCUGGGGGGCUACUGACAGAGGAGACGUCUUCAUCCAUCUCUCUGUGAGAUGCCUUCCUGAGCCUUGAGCCCAGAAUCCCACUCGCCCCUCCACUUCAGCACAUGUGAAAAAUCUCAGCUCUGUUUCCCAGCCUGCACGAGCGCAUUUAUCCAAGUCAAAAAUCAUCUGCCAUCCUGCUGCCCACUCCCCCAGCCCCUGCCCGGGCAGCCAGCCCCUCCUGGGGUUUCUCACAACCCUCCCUGCUUUUAUUCCUGAAGUGCUUGAACAUUGCCUGCAGUUACACUCCAUUUAGACAUUAUUUUGAUGAUAAAAUUAUGUCUUCCCCCCUACUGCUCAUUGUCUUCUGCAGAAUAUAGGAGAAUAGGUGGUGGUCUCUCCUGAGGGCUUUUUCCCCCUUUUAAAUAAUUCUAUACCUACCCCCCUCCCCCUACUCAUUUGAAUCAUCAAAUUGAUUAUUAUCCCUGUGGCUGGCGCAUCUCAAAAGAUGAAAAACCCCAGAAGCAGAGUUGGGGCAUGACUUACAGCUCAUUUUGGUACAGUGGCAGCCCAUAAUAUUCAGGUUCACUGAGGGAGCAGCGGAUGGGGAUGCAGGUGUUUGUAGCUGGGGAUUCAGGUGUGUAUUUCAAAGUGUGUGCUUGUGCCUUGGAGUGGAUGUGGCAGGUAAGUUGAUAAUUUUCACAACGAUUGUAUUUUCCUAAGCAGACAGAAAUUUAUUUGCCCAUAUCUGUGUCCUGGGUACAUUUCAGAGAGCUGCCAAUGACGAGAGCAUCACUUCAUACAGUGAGAGAACGUUUUAUAGAUGCGCACCCUGCAUCUAGCCAUAUGAGAGUGGUGCAGAACUGACUGGCCCAGGUGAUAAGAGCUGGGAAGGGAAUCUGUUUCUCUCCUGCCUUCUUGCUGUGCCUCACCUGCUGGCCUGACCCUUUGCACUUUUGCCCACACUGCACAGGGUUUGAGGCUGCCUCUUCUCUUUGGCGUGUGGGUGGAGAAAUGUGACUCAUUUUUAAUUUGGAAAACAAAUCGAUUGCAGAAAUCCUGAGAGGUGAGUUUGCUAGGCCUGCCAGUUAAAAGAUGGGAUGGGGUGACUGGGGGGUAUGUAAGCAGCAAAUCUCCCCCCACCCCAGACCCACCUGGCAGUUGGGCAUUUUCCCCCCUUUAACUGCGAGAAGGCAGGCCUUAGGGCUCUACCACCCAGUACUCCUACUGCUCAGAAGGUGGGGACCUCCCGCGCAGAGCGUCUUAUUCCAUUGAGGUCUCUCUGGCUCACCCCCCUCCCCCCACCCCAGCUUGAUUCUGUCACUUUAAGUCCAGCCCCUGAGAGAUAGCCAAUAGGAGCCAAACCAUACAUCAGUCUCCCAGCCUUAAAGCUACAGUAGGGUUAGUGGGCUCCAAGUCUCUGGUGCCCCAGCCUCCUCCACGGCUUCGCAUCCCCUCUGCCCGCUCGCUCCGGAGCGUGCGGAUGAGUGGGAGCGCCGGGCGGUGCGCGCGCGGCUCUCUGCCUCCCACUCCCCAGCCGCGGCCGCGUCCUCCCACUCUGCGUUCUCGCGCUCACUGUGCCCUGCCCGGGCUCGCACCUUGCCCGUGCCCUUCACUCGCUCUUCCGCGUGAUUUCCCCGCCGCCUUUCUCUACCAACUGGGAAUGCUAAAACGGGACUGAUGGACGUGUCCGAACUCUGCAUCCCGGACCCCCUCGGCUACCACAACCAGCUGCUGAACAGGAUGUCCUCGGAUGACAGGCACCUGGGCUCCAGCUGCGGCUCCUUCAUCAAGACCGAGCCGUCCAGCCCGUCCUCCGGCAUCGACGCCCUCAGCCACCACAGCCCCAGUGGCUCGUCCGACGCCAGCGGCGGCUUUGGCCUGGCCCUGGGCACCCACGCCAACGGUCUGGACUCGCCACCCAUGUUUGCAGGCGCCGGGCUGGGAGGCACCCCGUGCCGCAAGAGCUACGAGGACUGCGCCAGCGGCAUCAUGGAGGACUCGGCCAUCAAGUGCGAGUACAUGCUCAACGCCAUCCCCAAGCGCCUGUGCCUCGUGUGCGGGGACAUUGCCUCCGGCUACCACUACGGCGUGGCCUCCUGCGAGGCUUGCAAGGCCUUCUUCAAGAGGACCAUCCAAGGGAACAUCGAGUACAGCUGCCCGGCCACCAAUGAGUGUGAGAUCACCAAACGGAGGCGCAAGUCCUGCCAGGCCUGCCGCUUCAUGAAAUGCCUCAAAGUGGGGAUGCUGAAGGAAGGUGUGCGCCUUGAUCGAGUGCGUGGAGGCCGCCAGAAAUACAAGCGACGGCUGGACUCAGAGAGCAGCCCAUAUCUGAGCUUACAAAUUUCUCCACCUGCUAAAAAGCCAUUGACCAAGAUUGUCUCAUACCUACUGGUGGCUGAGCCGGACAAGCUCUACGCCAUGCCUCCCCCUGGCAUGCCUGAGGGGGACAUCAAGGCCCUGACCACUCUCUGUGACCUGGCAGACCGGGAGCUUGUGGUCAUCAUUGGCUGGGCCAAACACAUCCCAGGCUUCUCGAACCUCUCCCUGGGGGACCAGAUGAGCCUGCUGCAGAGUGCCUGGAUGGAGAUCCUCAUCCUGGGCAUCGUGUACCGCUCGCUGCCCUAUGACGACAAACUGGUGUACGCCGAGGACUACAUCAUGGACGAGGAGCACUCCCGCCUCGCGGGGCUGCUGGAGCUCUACAGGGCCAUCCUGCAGCUGGUGCGCAGGUACAAAAAGCUCAAGGUGGAGAAGGAGGAGUUUGUGACGCUCAAGGCCCUGGCCCUCGCCAACUCCGAUUCCAUGUACAUCGAGGAUCUGGAGGCUGUCCAGAAGCUGCAGGACCUGCUGCACGAGGCGCUGCAGGACUACGAGCUGAGCCAGCGCCACGAGGAGCCCCGGAGGACGGGCAAGCUGCUGCUGACGCUGCCCCUGCUGCGGCAGACGGCUGCCAAGGCCGUGCAGCACUUCUACAGCGUCAAACUGCAGGGCAAGGUGCCCAUGCACAAACUCUUCCUGGAGAUGCUGGAGGCCAAGGUCUGAUGGCCCCGCACACGGACCAUGCCCACCUGCAGACAGACAAAUGGACAGACCGAGGUGGAGCCCUCCACAGCCACCAGCCUCCACCUUCAACCCCUGGAUCAUGGCUCUGAGCUGUCCCAGAGGCAGGGGUUUCUCGCUCCUGGCUGUGUGCAGACUCCCGGGUGCAGUGGGGUGGGGGACGGGGAUGGGGGGGCAGGGGCGUGGGGCUCGUCUGUAACUGGCUUUUUCUUUGGUAUGUCUUUCCUUCUCCAUGGGCAGUGCGGAGGCCUGGGCCAGGGCUGACUCCCUUCGGGAGUGGAGACCACUGGAGCAAGUGCCCCUCCCCUCCACCAAACCACUAAGAGGCAGCAUGUGCAUUUCCUAACUCCCUUGCCCCCCACCCCAUCCAUGGCCUGGGUGGGCAGUGCUCAGGCUGGGUACCACCUGGAGGUUUUCCUUCUGCAG